GCUAUAGAUUGAUAGGACAGUGGUGGAUAAAGAAGUCUAGAAUAUAGGAGGAAUCUUUGGAUGAUGGGAGGUGGAGAUUCCAAGGUGAAAAUCGGGGACGCUAAACCGAGGAUAGCAAAGCUAACCGGAAAGGGUUGGACCCACCUAGUUGACCUGCAUCCACCAAGUACUCAUAGCUCGCUUUACAACUCCAAAUAUGACUCUCAGACCACCUCGCGAGUCCCCGAGUUCAAGCAAACAAACAUUCUUAGCAGAGUAUGAAUGAGACAGUGAGAAAACGCUCCAGGAUUGCUUGCGUCUCCUGUCAAUCACGCAAGCGUAAAUGCUCCGGUGACCAACCGUGCAGUACAUGUUCUCAAUUUGGUGUCGACUGCCGCUACGACCUGCUGUCGCGUAAGAAAAAGGACGCACGGUCUUUUAGGCCACAGCAAUCUAUACCUCCAAUAACGAACACUACAUCCCGCAAUGAGUCUGUCCCUAAGAGUCAUCGUGAAGAGGUCUCGGGCGACUCCACGGGCAUGCCGCUUGGCUCCUUGGAAGCCAAUUCGGGAGCAGCAUUUGUGCGAAAAUUAGGACUCAAGAUCGACCCAGCCAAUGCUCCGAGGCUAGAAUUGUUCGCCUGGAACGUGGGUGCCCGUCAGCCCGCUCCUUCUUCGAUACCCCCAGCGUCCGUUACCAGGCCAGUAAGCGUUGCAGACAUCGUUUCCCAGGACGAAAUGAGGCUGCUAGCCGCCACCUUUUUCGAGAAGGUUGAUCCAUGCUAUGGCUUUAUCGACCGUGAGCAUCUGUUCCAUCAACUGGGCCGGCGAUGGCUCCCUUCGUCAUCUGAGUCUGCAUUGUCUUACGGGCCGUAUGACGCUGUGCUCUGCGGUGUUGCGGCUUUCGGGCACCUCUUUUCGCGCAGACAAGCACCCCAAGCCGAGCUUCAAUUGGUCGAGGCCGCUCGCCUAAUACUUGACCAACAUAUGCUCUCCGAAACACCUUCUUCGGUAGAUAUUGUCACUGGCUGGGUGCUUCGAGUUGCAUACCUGCGCACGACGGCCUCUCCCAACGCAGCCUGGAUGGCUAGUUGUUCACUGAUGCAUCUCAUUGAGGCCACCGGUCUUCAUUUAGAGCCCACCUCCGACACAGUCCUGGGGCAACCGGCAGAGCCGUGCGACCCAGAAGUUCGCCGGAGAUUAUUUGCUAUGGCACGCCAUCUAAAUGUCUGGAUAUCCUUCGAGUUGGGCCGUUCCCGCGUCAUCUUGCACGGGGCAACGUCGCUCCCACCCACCCCAAGAGCAACCGGUGAGAUCUUUAAUCUCCUUCCAGUGUCAGAAAGUCUGGAUCCCAAUAAGACGCAAGACUAUCCAGACCUUGAAUCAGCACUUGCCAAUGUUGUGGAGAUAGUUCACCCCCAUCCCUCACACACCCUGGCGCAAUGCAAUCUAAUGCUAUGCAUAUACAGGCGCUUGCGGGGCCUGGACUCCGUCAUAUCUGGAGCCCUCUUGGACCGCGUUCUCGAGUUAGCGAAGAAAGGUCUACGUGCCUCUCGUGACAUGGUCGCGGCAAACUCUCCCUGGCAUCAGAUCGCCAACGUGCCCUUCCAGAUCGUCUGCACGCUGUUAGCGAUUGACAGUCGCGCCUCGUUAGCAUUGCUGGGCGAUGCCAUGCAGGCACUGCGCGAUGUGGCCUUGGCGUAUGAUACGGACGUUAUGAGGGAAGCCUAUAACACGGCCUACCUGCUGAUCCUACUGCACCAGCGACGAAAAGAAGAAGAUACGAAGACUCUUCGAGGUGUUCUGCGUGCCAGUUCUGCUGCUUCGGCUCCACAGGUUGAGGUUAGUGAGCCCAUAGCAGAGUCGAAUCACUCACUCGCGGACUAUCCAGGCUUCUCCUGGCUGAGUGAUUUGGUGAUCGACAUGCCGGGUUUGCAGAAUUUUGAUCUGGAGACUUUUCUGGCAACCGACACCCAAUGGCCGCUGCCAGAGAUGGGCAUGUGAUAUGUUAUAUUUCUGAUUACAACUAGCGCAUGCUCUAUCAAAACAGGAUACUAGGUGAAGUAUCGAGUGAUAGUGGAGGA